AUGGCCCUUCAAGCUGCUACGCAAAGAGCUCAGGUUCGUCGAACAGCAGAGUUUCACCCACCCGUGUGGGGUGACUACUUCAUCAAGCAUGUAUCGGACAAUAAUAUAGUGAGCGUUUGGAGUGAAGAAGCCGAAGUUCUUAAAAAAGAAGUGCGGGAAAUGCUUAGCUCGGCUGCUGGUAAACCUGCAGAGCAACUCAACUUGAUCGAUGCAAUUCAACGACUAGGCAUUGCUUAACAUUUUGAAGGACAAAGAAAAGCAUUAAAACAAAUUUAUACUACUUAUCAAAAUCUGAAUGAUGAUGACGAUCUUUAUACUGUUGCUCUUCGAUUUCGGCUACUAAGACAAGAGGGUUUACUGAGACAAGAGGGUUAUAAUGUUUCAACUGAUUUUUUAACAAGGAACAAGUUCAAGGAUUCAGAAGGUAACUUUAAGGAAUAUCUACUCAAAGAUGUGCGAGGUUUGUUAAGCUUGUAUGAAGCUUCAUAUCUCAGUAUACAAGGAGAAACCAUACUAGAUGAAGCUUUUGAGUUCACUAAAACUCACCUUAUCGCAACCCAAGUGAGUUCUCCUCCUUCUGAUAGUUAGCCUCAAGUUAGCCAUGCCUUAAGGUGGCCUGCCCGUAGGGGCUUACCCAGGAAAGAGGCUUGGCAUUACUUCUCUAUCUACAAGCAACGCGAGGAACACAGCGAAACUCUGUUGAAGCUGGCUAAACUGGAUUACAAUAUAGUACAAAAAUUGCAUCAGAAGGAUAUGAGCAGGGUCACAAAGUGGUGGAUAGACUUGGAUUUCACAACAAAGCUACCUUUCGCUCGAGACAGAGUGAUCGAAUGUUUUUGGGCAUUAGGAACAUUUUCUGAGCCACACUUCGUUUUUGCUAGAAAAGUACUGUCUAAAGCUAUGGCUAUGCUGUGUGUAAUGGAUGAUAUCUAUGAUGUGCAUGGCACAAUUGAGGAACUUGAGCUUUUCACCAAAGUGAUUGAAAGCUGGGAUAUUAGCAUGAAAAGACCAGCUUCAGAUUUGAAGGUGUAUUUUGAAGCUUAUUAGACUUUUUUAAUUCUGGAAAUAGAGAAAGAAACAACCAGGGGAAGUCUUGAAGGAAGGUCUUUCUGUAUUCAUUAUGCGAAAGAAGCGGUGAAGAAGCAAGUUGGAGCCUACAUAACUGAAGCAAGAUGGUUCAACAAUCAUUAUAUGCCAACAUUUGAAAUAUAUUUCUAAUGCUGUGAUGAAUAUAUUUCUAAUGCUGUGAUUAGUUCUGCUUAUCCCAUGUUGAUAACCUUAUCAUUUUGUGCGAUGGGUGAAGUUGCUUCAAAGCAAGUAUUUGAUUGGCUAUUCACUGAAUCUAAACUUCUAUAUACUGCAUCAGGUCUCGCAAGGCUCAUUAAUGACAUUAUGUCCCAUGAGUUUGAGCAAGAAAGGGGACAUGUUGCUUCUGCAGUAGAAUGUUGUAUGAAGCAAUAUGGUGUGUCAAAGCAGGAAGCUUACGAAAAGCUGAAUAAAAUAGUUGUAGUUGCUAAUAUGUGGAAGUAUCUGAACGAGGAAGCUGAAUGAAAGAAAUUGAUAUUCCAAAAACCUAUUCUAAUGUGGGCAAUUCUGAACAUUGUACGUGGUAUGGAUGUUGUGUACACAGGAAUGAAGAGCUAUACUCACUCCACAAACACUUCUCUGAAGGAUAUUCUGGCUACCUUUUAUCACUCCUGUGGUGUUUAA